AGAUACGACCCUUCGAUCGUUGCAGCCGUGAUCUCCAUGAUCUGUUUCCUCGUCUCGACUUGUGUCCAUAUUUUCCAAGCUAGCAAAUAUCGAACUUACUACUUCAUACCUUUCAUCGUUGGGGGACUGUUGGACACGACCGGGUUUCUAGGACGAAUUCUAGCCCACAGUCACCCAUACGACCUCAAUAUCUAUGUUGUGCAGACAAUCUUCAUCCUCCUGGCUCCGGCUCUGUUCGCUGCCAGUAUCUACAUGACUCUGGAACGUAUAAUCCUGUUUACCAGAGGGGAGAAGAUCGCGCCAAUUCCGGCUAGAUGGCUCAGCAAAAUAUUUGUCUGUGGUGAUGCCAUUUUGCUGAUGGUACAAGCUGCAGGUGGUGGACUGAUGGUCACCAAGAGCAUGCUCCUCGGCGAACAUCUCGUCGUCACAGGUCUUCUGCUCCAAAUUAUCUGUUUCGGAAUCUUUGUCGUGACAAGUGGCAUCUUCCAUUAUCGUAUGGUCCGCUUACCCUUUGCCAUAUCGCCUGAUCCGAAUUGGCAAAAGUUCAUGUAUACUCUGUAUGUUGCCAGCAGCCUCAUCUUCAUCCGCUCAAUCUUCCGAGUCAUCGAGUUCUUGGGAGGGAACGAUGGAGUUCUGAUGAGGCAUGAGAUUUCUCUGUAUAUCGUUGACGGAGUCAUGAUGUUGGCUGUCAUGGCUUCGUUCAAUGCUUUCCAUCCAGGCAAA